CUGCCGUAUUUGCCGCUUUCAAUCUGUCUACUAAACCAAGCCAGUGCCGGUAUUGAAUGUUAAAAGGUGUGUGUUUAUUGUUUAAUAACCUCCAUUUUACUGCACUUUACUUUAAUCGAUUUACGUUGAUUGUUUGCAAACAUUUCCUAAAAAAUGAGUGACGAUAAAAAGGGGGCUGAGGCCGACCGUAUCAACUUGAAAGUCCUUGGGCAGGAUAAUGCGGUGGUACAAUUCAAAAUUAAAAGACAUACUCCACUUAGGAAACUCAUGACUGCAUAUUGUGAAAGAGCUGGAAUUAGUACGCAAGUUGUACGGUUUCGUUUUGACGGCAACCCAAUAAACGAAACAGAUACACCUACCACAUUAGAUAUGGAAGAAGGAGACACCAUCGAAGUCUAUCAACAGCAAACGGGAGGAUACUGUUCGAAAUGUUAAUUUACAGUUAUGGAAAUUGUCAUUUAUAUCAGACCAUAUUCGCAUUAAUAAGAAUAGGUAAUAAUUUUAUCAGACGGUUUUAUCUUCUCGUUUCACAUACAAUAAUUUUAUCACGACAGUACAAUCUUAAUCGGAAUGUUUAAGAUAGGUUUCAUUUUUGUAUUAAUUUAGUUAUUAGGUAGUAAAUACAUCAUAUUUCUAA